AUGGAAUUAUACCCAGGCUCGGUCAGACUUCUGAUCCUCUCGGUAAUACUAAUAUUUUCCCCCAAGGGCGAUGGUAACGAAAUCCCGAGUUCCAAAAGUGAGGUCCUGGAGUUGGAUGCGGCCCGCAUGAAAUCCCUAAUGAACUUGGAUGUAGAUCCGUGUGACAACUUUUAUGAGUACGCCUGCGGAAAUGCCAAAGACGAAAGUGUCCCAUUUAUUGAAACGCAACAUCUGUUGGGCAAGAUGGAACUAUUAUUGGCCAGGACGGACUUGGCCGAGUCCCUCAAUGUGUCCAGCGAACUUAGGGUGGCCCAAAGAUUCUACAACGCCUGUCUGGAGGCUGAUCUCCAUCCCUUUCCCGCUGCUGAUCCACAUUACCUACAACUCAUCCGGUCGAUCGGAGGCUUUCCCGCCGUCGAUGGUGCCACCUGGAAUGCCUCUAACUUUAGCUGGAUCAAAAUGAGUGGCCACUUGCUCGAUUACGGGGCUGAAGGUCUGAUCUUCGAGCCUACACCAAAUAGUUAUCCGUCGGACAUCCAUAUGGCGCAUCUCGGCUUUGGAUUCUUCGGCAAUAGAGAGGAUAUUACGAAUUCCACUUCUCUCGCCUACCAAUUCGACGAGCAGCAAAUGCGCGGAUAUUUAAAAACCUUUCAACUGCCAGACGAUAAAAUUGCAAAAGUGACCGAGGGGGUUUUUGCAUUCUACCGUGACGCGGUAGCAGCUGUACAGUGGAAUACCUACGAAACCUGGGCUCAGAGUGAAUCCGAAUUUAAUUUGUUCCUCGAGAAGAUGGAUGUGGUGUGUAAACGUCAUCCUGAGGCUGCGGCCAAUUAUCUGGCCAUGAAGCUGCUGUUCUCAUUCGAUGCCAAACUUGGAGACUACACUGAGCAAAGAGAUUUUUGCGAAAGAACACUGCGCAACGUCAUGCCGUACCUCUUCAACAAACUCUAUUUGGCGGCCUACCUUAGUGAGGAAACAAAGAUGGGAGUCAAGGACUUGCGGAAGAGCCUAAGAAGACAGCUGUACAAAACCGACUGGUUGGACUGGGAGAAUCGAAACGAGGUGCUGCUCAAGGAAUCCCAACUUUUGGCGCCCCUUACCUCAGUCCAGGCGCUAACCGAUCGCCUAAUCCAGGAGAUUGGCCAACUGGAAAUAGUCGAAGAUAGUUUUCCUGCGACUAUUAUAAAUCUUAGACGGCUCACUGUUCACAUGGAUCAAUUAAUCAGCAGUCAACCUAAAGAACUGCUCAAUGAAAUCCAAUCGCAGAGGGAUUUGUUGAUGGGCUUCAAUUACUUUGUGCAAUUUUUGCAACCACCACAUUACCACGAUUACUUGCCGUUCGCCGUGAAGUACGGCGGCUUGGGUAAGAGUCUCGGCCAUGAAAUCAUCGAAUAUAUUAACUUCCAGUCGAAGGGUGUGACCGAGGAACGCGUCAAGUGCUUUCUGGAUCACUACAGUAAGUACCUGAACCAGACGACCGAUGCACUCAGCCAGCACUUAUUCGACAUCGCUACAAUGCAAUUAGCAUUUGCGGCCUAUCAAAGCCACAAGAAGGAACUGCUGGAGGAUCCUAAGCAGCAGAAUAUCACCGAGCAGAUGCCUGGACUCAACCUGACACCUGAUCAGCUCUUCUAUGUGAGAUUCGCUCAAUCGCCUUGUUACACUUACAAAUCAGAACUCAACUCACAAAGGGCCGAGAUUCUGGGCGCCUUAUCGAGCAGAGCGGCCUUCAACUGCCCUGUAGAACCCGCCUUGCGCGAUACUGCCGAAACAUGUCGUCUGUUUUAA